AUGUCCGGUGUAGUUUCCAAGGCGGCAGAGGCGAUUCAUACCACCCGCAAAUAUAAGAUAGGUAAAACAGACUGGGACCGGUAUCAUGACUUCGCAAUCAGGCAUUUCCAUUAUAACACUGAGGGCAAGACAGUGGAUGAAAAUCACACACAAUUUAUAAAUGAUAUCUAUAGUAUUAGUAAAAAGAGUAUACCAAUGGUCAAAGGCAAGAACAGUAGGAAAAAAGUUAUACCCUGGUGGACUGAGGAUUGCGCAAAUGCAGUUAAACAAAGGGAGAAUGCUAGGAAAAAUUAUAGCAGAAAUAAUAAGAAUGAUGAAAAUCUUCAAAAAUACAGGUCACUCCGCAAUAAGGCUGUAGAGAUCAUUAAAAAAGCAAAACGCACCAGUCUUGAAAAGUACAUAACGCAAAUAAACCACAAAACAACAUCAAAAGAAGUAUGGGACGUUGUCAAUAAAUUUAGAGGCAAAUCAUCUAGCUCUAUUGGUACACUUCUGAACGACAACGAUCCGGUGGUUAUGGAAAAAGAUAAGGCAAAUUUUCUGGUGCAACACUAUAAGAAAAUCAGCAGUAAUGACAAUUACAGUGCUGAAUUUUUGGCAAAUAAACAACAUAAAGAGCAAGAAUACGAUCUCUACAAUGAAAAUAACACAGCCCCACAUGACGAUAUCGAGUAUAAUAAACCAUUCUCCCUACUUGAAUUAAAAAUGGCCCUUGAUCAAUGCAUUAAGGGGAGAAUGUUUACAUGGAUCGCUAAUUUCCUGGAAGGCAGAAAAAUUAAGGUAAAGGUCAAUGGCCAAUUGUCAGAUACAGUGGAACCUGACAAUGGCACACCCCAGGGAAGUGUGAUUAGUCCACUGAUCUUUAAUCUCAUCAUGAACACUCUAAACACGGCUAUAGAUGCACACAACAAGCAGUCCCCUCCCGGUGACUGGACCGAACUUGCCCAAUUUGUAGAUGAUGGAGCCACAUGGGUAACAUCACCAAACCCUCAUAGUACAUUACUAAAAGGUCAAAAGGUCCUUGAGGUAAUAGAAAAAUGGAGUAAUGAAUGGGGAUUCACCAUCAACCCUAAUAAAACACAAGUGCUAAUGGUGUGCCGGCAACCAUAUCUUAGUCCUAGCAAAAUCGAAUAA